AACAGCUGCACCCAUUUGCUUGCCAUAGAACCCAAACACUGUCCACAGCUGCUAGCUAAAGGAACACAGAAAAAAAGGGGAGCAGGCCUAGCAUUACUCAAAUUCUUUCGCUAUACUUUUUUAAAGGUCGUAUCGGGACGUAACUUUUUAUUCUUGCGUUGUUUUAUAUAGUUUUUUACCUAAACAAACUGGGCGUGACGUCUGUUUUUUAUGAGAACUAACAAAAAGUAGAGAGAGAAGACUGGUUUGAUGUGCAUGUCAUCAAAACAAGAGGCACCAUGAGUGCAGAGGUGGAUGCUCUGACUGUGGUAAACCAGCUGCGAGAUCUUGCUGCAGACCCCUUGAACCGAAGAGCCAUAGUAGAAGACCAAGGCUGUCUGCCAGGCCUCAUCCUUUUUUUUGACCAUCCUAACCCACAGGUUGUCUACUCUGCACUAUUGGCCGUGCGCUACCUGGCAGAAUGUCGAGCCAACAGGGAGAAGAUGAAGAGCGAGCUGGGCAUGAUGCUGAGCUUGCAGAAUGUCAUGCAGAAGGGUACAUCACCUGGAGAGACCAAACUCCUCGCCUCUGAGAUCUAUGAGAUUUUGCAGUCAGCUGGUGUUGAACAGGCUGAACAGGCUGAGGCUGCUGCCGCGUCCUGUCGACGUAAAGCCCAGUUCUUCUUAGGCUCUAAUAACAAGAGGGCCAAAACUGUAGUGCUGCACAUUGAUGGGCUGGACGACCCUACUCGAAGGAGCCUGUGCGAGGAAGCUUUGUUAAAGAUUCGAGGAGUCAUCAGUUUCACCUUCCAGAUGGCUGUUAAACGAUGUGUUGUCAGGAUCCGUUCUGACCUUAAAGCUGAGGCGUUGGGAACAGCAAUUAACUCCACCAAAGUAAUGACAGCCCAGCAGGUGGUGAAGACCGAAGAUGGAGAAGAGCUGAUGGUGCCAUUCCAGGAGGACUCGGCAGUUCUGGUAGAAGAGAACACAGACAUCCCAGACUACCUGCCUGAGGACGAGAGUCCAGCCCAGGAGCAGGACAAGGCCGUCACACGUGUAGGAUCUAUCACAGAUGGCAUGGGAUGGCUUAGCACGGCAGCCAACUUCCUAUCGCGCUCUUUCUACUGGUGACAGCUUCCUAGGUUUCCUUCUUUGCUCCCUGUUAUGUCAAAGGUAUCCAGCUGCAGCCUUAGCAUCUCUCAGCCUAGUUUUGGACUAAGCCCCGUCUCACUACUUUAGACCCCCCUCUUCAGAGAACACAGAGCCCAGCCAUGUGUGCAACAGGUGUUGGGUUGCCAAGUGGAACCUGCAAUAACUUUAACUGUGUAUAUAUUGAGCUACAAAUCGCAGUACUGGCUGUAUGUGCACAAGUAUAUACUAACUGCAUAUGUAUUUAAAAGACAUAGCCAGAGGAGUUGAUAUUGAACAGAACCAAAUAGCUUUGUGGAUAUGUUAAAUGCAACGUUGACUGAGUUGACAUAGGAGAAGUGCGUAUAACUGUUCUGAGGCUCAAAGUUGGGAGUUUAGUUUUCUUUGUGUGUGUGCGUGCGUGUGCAUGAUUUUGGUUGCUUGCAUCUAUUCCCAAUCAUCGUCCUUUUACUCAACACAUUUCAUCCUAUAAUUUCCUAACUCUUCAUUUUUAGCAUGCUUUUAUUACUCUCGUGCCAAUCUUGCCCGAUGCCUACAUCCGUGAUUGUUGUGUGUGCCUUUUUGACAUGUAAUUAUUUAUUCAUUGUUCAUUUAAAUGAUUUAAGAGCUCCAAGCAUGUGUAAUUGUUGCGCUUUCCUAGCCACAGCUUAGGUCAGUGUAGGAAUACUAGACACCAGCAAGAGAUCGCAGCUCGUUCAGCCACUUGUUCACAUGAGUUUCGAUUUUAAAAAGCAACUUGUGGAUUUUGUUGGUUGUUAAAUGCACAACCUCUUAAUGUGUUAAGUUGUUUUUGCCAAAAAUCUGUGCUUCUGUGGUGAUUAUGACAACAAUAACGCAGGAGAAAUCAAAUGUGAGCUUAGUGAUUGGCUGUGAAUUGACUGACAGCUUUUUUGUGUUAAUUGCACAGAAUUUGGGCUACCUCUGCUUUCACAACCUCUUAUCCCACAUCAGCGUUGUGGUGUUCUGCCAUUUUUAGUAACAAACCCAGAAAAAGCAUGGUCGUGAAAACCCUGUUAGCUACCUGCUUGUAAAAAUAUUCCCACUGUUAAAUGAAGUUCUGCUGACAUUUUUACAGUAUUGUAAGCGCUUUAUUUUAAAUUUCAGUUUAGCCAAUAGUGUCCUUAAAGCAAAUAUCACUUUGGUGUACACUCUCACACAUUCAGAGGACUCACUAAUGCUCUGAUAUGAGCAUCAGAGGGGUUAUAUGUACAUUUUGUAAAUGGUGCCUCAUUCCCUAAAAUUCUCAGACCUGAUAUGUGAAUGAUUUUUAUUCUUUUUAGUAAUACUGGUUUGCAGUUUAAGUAAGAAUUCAUCACACAAGCUUGUAGCAGCUGAUGUUUUUGGUGAGGGUUUUCCUGAUUCUUUAGCUCUUACAACCAGGUUUAAUUAUUCUGACGUAUGUCAUUAACAGUUAUUACAGACAGUGCUGACCAGGUCUCUUUUAUUGUUUGAUGGUGCAGAGACGUCACACUUGGUUGAAGUCAAACAGGGGAAUGGUACUGAAUAGCCUGAACUGUUGGUGGCUAUACUCUGGAAAAGCAAUAAUUCUUUUGCAUUUUAUGUAUUCAUUGUAGGUCAACAACACCAUAAAAAAAUUAUGUUUUUGGAUAGAAAUGUGGUAGUAGAAAUUAAAAAUCAUCAGCAGUAUUACAUCUUCCCAGUUAGUCAAUUUUUGCAGUUUGUCUUUGUUGCAAUGUGUAGUUUCUUUUUAUUAUUUGAUGUUUUUAGCUCAUACUACAAACAAAAUACUUGAAAAUUGUUCAGAGUUAUCCUUUUGUGUUGAUAAAUAGUCAUGUAACACCACUGUAAAGUUGACAGAAACACAAAGUCCUGAAGAGAUGUAACUUCUUGUGUACAGACUACCACUGUAAGCAGAUGUACUAUAAUUAAAACUGUAGAUGCCCAUACACUGUUAAUGCAAACAAUGAUAAACUUAAACAAAUCUG